AUGGCCAACCAAGACGAGCAGGAGCUCAAGUCCGCCCUCUGGUCUGCCGUCAGUGACCUCGUCGACCAGGAGUCCAUCAAGCAGAACCGUAACGCCACGCCCCAGUUCAUCGGCGCCCUCGCCGAUAUGGUGUGGACGCAGAUUGAGUCGGUGGCCGCUGAUCUCGAGAGCUUCAGCCGCCACGCGGGGCGAUCGACCAUAACAACCGACGACGUGCUGCUGCUGGCGCGGCGCAACGAGGAUCUGCACGACAUUCUCAAAGAGCAGGUGGACGAACGGAAAGCGGCACGCGCAACGACAGGAAAUAAGAGCAAGAAGGGAAAGCAGAGGGCAUCGCGGGAGUGA